CUAUUGGUCAAUAUUCAUGUCUGCACAACCCAUCGUAGGCGGAGUAACAGCGGUCAGAUCUGUUCGGUUGAGGGGCCCAACCGUAGGGGCAGUGUCUUUGGUGCAUACCAAAGCCUAGACAGAUGCCUGAAUAUCAAUUGUGUUGUUGCAGAAAGUGUUAUUAAAGAGGGAGGUCGGUCUAUUCCUGUGAACAGUUGUCCUCGUUUCUUCCGUCACAGCACCAGGUGCCACUCUUGCUCUGGUACCACCAAAAUGGCUAAUCGAAGUGGGCAGGAGGACCCUGAGCGGUACCUGUUUGUGGACCGCGCUGUCGUCUACAACCCGGCCACACAGGCUGACUGGACAGCCAAGAAGGUGGUGUGGAUCCCUUCAGAGCGUCAUGGUUUUGAGGCGGCCAGCAUCAAGGAGGAGCGGGGAGAGGAGGUGGUGGUGGAACUGUCAGAGAAUGGCAAGAAGGCCGUUGUCAAUAAGGACGACAUCCAGAAGAUGAACCCGCCCAAGUUCAGCAAGGUGGAAGACAUGGCCGAGCUCACCUGCCUGAACGAGGCCUCAGUGCUGCACAACCUCAAGGACCGCUACUACUCUGGGCUCAUCUACACUUACUCUGGGCUGUUCUGUGUGGUGAUAAACCCCUAUAAAAACUUUCCCAUCUACUCAGAGAACAUCAUAGAGAUGUACAGAGGAAAGAAGCGUCAUGAGAUGCCACCACACAUCUACGCCAUUUCAGAGUCAGCAUACCGCUGCAUGCUCCAAGAUCGUGAAGACCAAUCAAUCCUUUGCACAGGCGAGUCGGGUGCCGGCAAGACAGAAAACACCAAAAAGGUCAUCCAGUACCUGGCCCACGUCGCCUCGUCACACAAAGGACGCAAAGACCACAACAUUCCUCCCGAAUCCCCUAAAGCGUUGAACAAGCUCCAGGGCGAGCUGGAACGUCAGCUUCUGCAAGCCAACCCCAUCCUUGAAUCCUUUGGCAAUGCCAAGACGGUGAAAAACGACAACUCGUCACGUUUCGGCAAGUUCAUCAGAGUCAACUUUGACGUGACCGGCUACAUUGUUGGGGCCAAUAUCGAGACCUAUCUCCUGGAGAAGUCCAGGGCCGUUCGCCAGGCCAAAGACGAGAGGACCUUCCAUGUCUUCUACCAGCUUCUGGCAGGAGCCGGGGAGCACCUCAAAACCGACCUGCUCCUGGAAGGCUUCAACAACUACCGCUUCCUGUCCAACGGCAACAUUACCAUCCCUGGCCAGCAGGACAAGGACAACUUCCAGGAGACCAUGGAUGCCAUGCACAUCAUGAGCUUCUCCCAUGAGGAGAUCGUAUGCAUGCUGAAGGUGGUGUCUGCAGUACUACAGUUUGGUAAUGUUGUCUUCAAGAAGGAGAGGAACACAGACCAGGCCUCCAUGCCUGAGAACACAGUGGCUCAGAAGCUGUGCCACCUGCUGGGGCUGAAUGUGAUGGAGUUUACCAGGGCCAUUCUGUCCCCCCGCAUCAAAGUGGGCCGAGACUACGUCCAGAAGGCCCAGACCAAAGAACAGGCUGACUUUGCAGUGGAAGCCCUGGCCAAGGCCACAUAUGAGCGCCUGUUCCGCUGGCUCGUCCACCGCAUCAACAAGGCCCUGGACAGGACCAAGAGACAGGGAGCCUCCUUCAUCGGCAUCCUGGACAUCGCUGGCUUUGAGAUCUUUGAGCUGAACUCAUUUGAGCAGAUGUGCAUCAACUACACCAACGAGAAGCUGCAGCAGCUGUUCAACCACACCAUGUUCAUCCUGGAGCAGGAGGAGUACCAGAGGGAGGGCAUCGAGUGGAGCUUCAUCGACUUCGGCCUGGACCUGCAGCCCUGCAUCGACCUCAUUGAGAGACCGACCAACCCUCCAGGAGUUCUGGCCCUGUUGGAUGAGGAGUGCUGGUUCCCCAAGGCCACUGAUAAGACAUUUGUAGACAAGGUGCUCCAGGAGCAGGGCACCCACCCCAAGUUCCAGAAACCCCGGCAGCUGAAGGACAAAGCCGACUUCUGCAUCAUUCACUACGCUGGCAGGGUGGACUACAAGGCUGACGAGUGGCUGAUGAAGAACAUGGACCCUCUGAACGACAACGUGGCCACGCUGCUCAACCAGUCCACUGACAAGUUUGUGUCUGAACUGUGGAAGGACGUGGACCGUAUCGUGGGUCUGGACCAGGUAGCAGGGAUGAACGAGACGGCCUUCGGCGCAGCCUAUAAGACCAAGAAGGGCAUGUUCCGUACGGUGGGCCAGCUCUACAAGGAGUCUCUCACCAAGCUCAUGGCCACACUGAGGAACACCAACCCCAAUUUUGUCCGCUGCAUCAUCCCCAACCACGAGAAGAGGGCUGGUAAGCUAGACCCCCACCUGGUUCUGGACCAGCUGAGGUGUAAUGGUGUUCUGGAGGGGAUCCGUAUCUGCAGACAGGGCUUCCCCAACCGUAUCGUCUUCCAGGAGUUCAGACAGAGGUAUGAGAUCCUCACCCCCAACGCCAUCCCCAAGGGCUUCAUGGAUGGCAAGCAAGCCUGUGAGAGAAUGAUCCGAGCCUUGGAGUUGGAUCCUAACCUGUUCAGGAUUGGGCAGAGUAAGAUCUUCUUCAGGGCUGGAGUGCUGGCUCACCUGGAGGAGGAGAGAGACCUGAAGAUCACGGACAUCAUCAUCUACUUCCAGUCUGUCUGCCGGGGAUACCUGGCCCGCAAGGCGUUUGUUAAGAAGCAGCAGCAACUGAAUUGUCUGAAGGUGCUUCAGAGGAACUGUUCUGCCUACCUGAAGCUGAAGCACUGGCAGUGGUGGAGACUCUUUACCAAGGUGAAGCCCCUGCUGCAGGUGACCAGGCAGGAGGAGGAGAUGCAGGCCAAGGACGAUGAGCUAGUCAAGGUGAAGGAGAAGCAGACCAAGGUGGAGGGAGAACUGGUGGAGAUGGAGAGAAAGCACUCACAGCUGAUUGAGGAGAAGAACAUCCUAGCGGAGCAGCUGCAGGCCGAGACGGAGCUGUUUGCAGAGGCUGAGGAGAUGAGAGCCCGUCUGGCCGCUAAGAAGCAGGAGCUGGAGGAGAUCCUUCAUGACCUGGAGUCUAGAGUGGAAGAGGAGGAGGAGAGGACCCAGGGCCUGCAAAGUGAGAAGAAGAAGAUGCAGUCUCACAUCCAGGACCUGGAGGAGCAGUUGGAUGAGGAGGAGGCUGCCAGGCAGAAGCUGCAGCUGGAGAAGGUGACAGCCGAGGCCAAGAUGAAGAAAUUUGAGGAGGACAUCUUGCUCCUGGAGGACCAGAACUCCAAGUUCCUGAAGGAGAAGAAGCUCCUGGAUGACCGUGUGAAUGAGAUGAUGUCCCAGCUGACUGAGGAGGAGGAGAAGGCCAAGAACCUGGGCAAGACAAAGAACAAGCAGGAGGUGAUGAUGGUGGACCUGGAAGAGCGUUUGAAGAAGGAGGAGAAGACUCGUCAGGAGCUGGAGAAGGCCAAGAGGAAGCUGGAUGGAGAAACCACAGACCUGCAGGACCAGAUAGCUGAGCUGCAGGCCCAGAUAGAGGAGCUCAGGGUGCAGCUGGCCAAGAAGGAGGAGGAGCUGCAGGCUAUACAGGCCAGGGGAGACGAGGAGGUGACCCAGAAGAACAACGCCCUGAAGCAGGUACGGGAGCUACAGGCCCAGUUGGCAGAGCUGCAGGAAGACCUGGAAUCAGAGAAGGUCUCCAGGAACAAGGCUGAGAAGCUCAAGAGAGAUCUGAGUGAGGAACUGGAGGCCUUAAAGACUGAGCUGGAGGACACCCUGGACACCACCGCAGCCCAGCAGGAGCUCAGGACCAAGCGUGAGCAGGAGGUGACGGAGCUGAAGAAGGCCAUCGACGAAGAGACCAAGAACCACGAGGCCCAGAUCCAGGAGAUGAGACAGAGACACUCCACGGCCCUGGAGGAGGUGUCUGAGCAGCUAGAGCAGGCCAAAAGGUUCAAGGUCAACCUGGAGAAGAACAAGCAGAGCACAGAGAGUGCCAACAAGGAGUUGGUCAGUGAGGUAAAGGGGCUGCAGCAGGCCAAGACGGAGUCAGAACACAAGAAGAAGAAACUGGAGGCCCAGCUCCAGGAGUUCAUGGCCCGGGUCACAGAGGGAGAGAAGGGCAAGGGAGAGCUGGCCGACCGCUCCCUCAAACUACAGACGGAGUUGGACAGUGUGUCUGCUCUGCUGGAAGAUGCAGAGAGGAAGGGAAUCAAGCUGGUUAAAGACACCGCUGUCCUGGAGAGCGCUUUGCAGGACACACAGGAGCUUCUCCAGGAAGAGACGCGUCAGAAGCUGAACAUGAGCAGUCGUAUCCGCCAGCUGGAGGAGGAGAAGAGCACCCUGCAGGAGCAGCAGGAGGAGGACGAGGUGGCGCGCAGAAACCUGGAGAAACAGCUGUGCACACUGCAGGCCCAGCUGGUUGAGACCAAGAAGAAGCUGGAGGAUGACGUGGGGAUGGUGGAGGGUCUGGAGGAAGUGAAGAGGAAGCUGCAGAAGGACAUGGAGCUGGCCACUCUGAGGCUGGAGGAGAAGGGCAUCGCCUUUGAGAAGAUGGAGAAGACCAAGAUCCGCCUGCAGCAGGAGCUGGACGACCUCAUGGUGGAUCUGGACCACCAGAGAACCAUCGUCUCCAACCUGGAGAAGAAGCAGAAGAAGUUUGACCAGCUGCUGGCUGAAGAGAAGAACAUCUCUGCACGCUAUGCUGAGGAGAAGGACAGGGCUGAGGCAGAAGCCAGGGAGAAGGAGACCAAGUCCCUGUCUCUGGCCCGGGCUCUGGAGGAGGCUCUGGAGGCCAAGGAGGAGUUUGAGAGACUCAAUAAGCAGCUGAGGAGUGAGAUGGAGGACCUGAUGAGCUCCAAGGACGAUGUGGGCAAGAACGUCCAUGAGUUGGAGAAGUCCAAGAGGACUCUGGAUCAGCAGCUGGAGGAGAUGAGGACUCAGCUGGAGGAGCUGGAGGACGAGCUGCAGGCCACGGAGGACGCCAAGCUACGUCUGGAGGUCAACAUGCAGGCCAUGAAGGCCCAGUACGAGAGAGACCUGGCAGGGCGAGACGACCAGAACGACGAGAAGAAAAGGGCGCUUGUCAAACAGGUGCGUGAGAUGGAGGCAGAGCUGGAGGAUGAGCGGAAGCAGAGAGCUCUGGCCGUGGCUGCUAAGAAGAAGCUGGAGAUGGACCUGAUGGACAUGGUGGGACAGAUAGAGGGCGCCAACAAGGCCCGUGACGAAGCCAUCAAGCAGCUACGCAAAUUGCAGUCCCAGAUGAAAGACUAUCAGAGGGAGUUGGAGGACGCCCGGGCCUCUCGGGAUGAGAUAUUCUCCCAAUCCAAGGAGAAUGAGAAGAAGCUGAAGAGCCUGGAGGCCGAGGUUCUCCAGCUGCAUGAGGACCUGGCGGCAUCAGAGAGGGCGCGGCGCCAUGCAGAGCAGGAACGGGAUGAGCUAGCGGACGAGAUCUCCAAUAGCACCUCGGGCAAGUCUGCCUUGAUGGAUGAGAAAAGGAGGCUGGAGGCUCGCAUUGCUCAACUGGAGGAGGAACUAGAGGAGGAACAGGGCAACAUGGAGCUGCUCAAUGACCGCUUCCGCAAGACCACCAUGCAGGUGGACACCCUGACCCUAGAGCUUGUGGCAGAGCGCAGCAUGGCCCAGAAGAGUGAAAAUGCGCGCCAGCAGCUGGAGAGGCAGAACAAGGACUUGCGGGCCAAGCUGGGCGAGCUGGAGGGCUCCGUGAAGAGCCGGUUCAAGGCCUCCAUCACCGCCCUGGAGGCCAAGAUACUGCAGCUGGAGGAGCAGCUGGAGCAUGAGGCUAAGGAGCGAGCAGCGGCCAAUAAGCUUGUGAGACGGACAGAGAAGAAGCUGAAGGAGGUGUGCAUGCAGGUGGAGGACGAGCGCCGCCAUUCCGACCAGUACAAGGAACAGAUGGAGAAGGCCAACUCUCGCAUGAAGCAGCUGAAGAGGCAGCUUGAGGAGGCUGAGGAGGAGGCCACACGUGCCAACGCCUACCGCAGGAAGCUGCAGAGGGAGCUGGACGAUGCCACUGAGGCCAGCGAGGGUCUCAGCCGUGAGGUCAACACACUCAAGAGCCGCCUCAGGCCCCAUCAGUUUCUCCUCCAGCCGCUCAGGCAGGCGUCAGCUGCAGGUGGAGGGAACAUCACUCGACCUCCUAUUCGACGAUGAGGUGGAAAACAAGACCACGGACGCCAAUGCCAACGAGACGCCAGCAGCUCCCCAACCAGAGUAGACGCGCUCCCUCCAGCCCACACGCAGCAUGGCCUCUGCCCCCACAAACCUUACCCCUGUCCUCCUAACCCCAGACAUCAGCAGUGGACCCCACUACUCUGCCUUACCCCUCUAUGGCAAGCUGCAGGGCCAAGCAAAUCCAUCAUCUCCUCCAUAUGAAUAUACCGCACAUCAAGCCUUGGAUUCGUUUUUAACAUCAAUUGCAGAUAAAAGUGCAUUUAAAUUGCAUAGGUGUCUGAGUGUGCAUAGACACUCGAAAACAAAUAGCAGGAGUUUACCAUAAUGAUGUUAAGCUACUUCCCUGGAACAGCCAUUAGAAUCAAACAGCCCUCUAGCUAGAAUUAACCACUGUCAUUUCAGCUGGUUUACUGGCACUCAGGUGGACGACUGCACACAAGUCGGUAAAAACAUGUGUUUUUCAUGAUUGUACAGUAUUGGACCAGGAUAUGUAAAACAAAGCACAGCAUAAGCAAGGGAAUUAUUUUUAAAUCGUAGCCUAAAUGAUGAUCCCACCGAAAUGUUUUCAUCAAAACCACCACUGUCAUAGAGAUACUGCAAUCCACUUAGUUUAGUAUAAAAAUAACUGUAGCAGGUUUGUAGUAAAUUAGAUUGUACCACGCCAUAUUGCCUCAGCAUUCCCCCUAUAUACAGUGCCUUGCGAAAGUAUUCGGCCCCCUUGAACUUUGCGACCUUUUGCCACAUUUCAGGCUUCAAACAUAAAGAUAUAAAACUGUAUAUUUUUGUGAAGAAUCAACAACAAGUGGGACACAAUCAUGAAAUGGAACGACUUUUAUUGGAUAAACUUCAAACUUCAAACUUUUUUAACAAAUCAAAAACUGAAAAAUUGGGCGUGCAAAAUUAUUCAGCCCCUUUACUUUCAGUGCAGCAAACUCUCUCCAGAAGUUCAGUGAAGAUCUCUGAAUGAUCCAAUGUUGACCUAAAUGACUAAUGAUGAUAAAUACAAUCCACCUGUGUGUAAUCUAGUCUCCGUAUGAAUGCACCUGCACUGUGAUAGUCUCAGAGGUCCGUUAAAAGCGCAGAGAGCAUCAUGAAGAACAAGGAACACACCAGGCAGGUCCGAGAUACUGUUGUGAAGAAGUUUAAAGCCCGGAUUUGGAUACAAAAAUAUUUCCCAAGCUUUAAACAUCCCAAGGAGCACUGUGCAAGCGAUAAUAUUGAAAUGGAAGGAGUAUCAGACCACUGCAAAUCUACCAAGAACUGGAUGUCCUUCUAAACUUUCAGCUCAUACAAGGAGAAGACUGAUCAGAGAUGCAGCCAAGAGGCCCAUGAUCACUCUGGAUGAACUGCAGAGAUCUACAGCUGAGGUGGGAGACUCUGUCCAUAGGACAACAAUCAGUCGUAUAUUGCACAAAUCUGGCCUUUAUGGAAGAGUGGCAAGAAGAAAGCCAUUUCUUAAAGAUAUCCAUUAAAAGUGUCGUUUAAAGUUUGCCACAAGCCACCUGGGAGACACACCAAACAUGUGGAAGAAGGUGCUCUGGUCAGAUGAAACCAAAAUUGAACUUUUUGGCAACAAUGCAAAACGUUAUGUUUGGCGUAAAAGCAACACCCUGAACACACCAUCCCCACUGUCAAACACGGUGGUGGCAGCAUCAUGGUUUGAGCCUGCUUUUCUUCAGCAGGGACAGGGAAGAUGGUUAAAAUUGAUGGGAAGAUGGAUGGAGCCAAAUACAGGACCAUUCUGGAAGAAAACCUGAUGGAGUCUGCAAAAGACCUGAGACUGGGAUGGAGAUUUGUCUUCCAACAAGACAAUGAUCCAAAAUAUAAAGCAAAAUCUACAAUGGAAUGGUUCAAAAAUAAACAUAUCCAGGUGUUAGAAUUGCCAAGUCAAAGUCCAGACCUGAAUCCAAUCGAGAAUCUGUGGAAAGAACUGAAAACUGCUGUUCACAAAUGCUCUCCAUCCAACCUCACUGAGCUCAAGCUGUUUUGCAAGGAGGAAUGGGAAACAAUUUCAGUCUCUCAAUGUGCAAAACUGAUAGAGACAUACCCCAAGCGACUUUCAGCUGUAAUCGCAGCAAAAGGUGGCGCUACAAAGUAUUAACUUAAGGGGGCUGAAUAAUUUUGCACGCCCAAGUUUUCAGUUUUUGAUUUGUUAAAAAAGUUUGAAAUAUCCUAUAAAUGUCAUUCCACUUCAUGAUUGUGUCCCACUUGUUGUUGAUUCUUCACAAAAAAAUACAGUUUUAUAUCUCUAUGUUUGAAGCCUGAAAUGUGGCAAAAGGUCGCAAAGUUCAAGGGGGCCGAAUACUUUCGCAAGGAACUGUAUAUGACCAGCAAAAGACCCUGUUAACUUUACCAAUAUAACCUUGUCCAAUAACCCACCAUUUUAUAUUUGACAUAUCAAUCUACUUUAAGUGGUGUACGAUAAUGUGUGGAAUUAGGUUUGUCAGACUUGGAGCAAAGGCCCUUUUUUUAGAAAGACAGCCCAAAUGUGUGCUUGACUGUCACACCCUGACCUUAGUUUGCUUUGUAUGUUUCUAUGUUUUGGUCAGGGUGUGAUCUGAGUGGGCAUUCUAUGUUGGAUGUCUUGUUUGUCUGUCUCUGUGUUUGGGCCUGAUAUGGUUCUCAAUCAGAGGCAGGUGUUAGUCAUUGUCUCUGAUUGGGAACCAUAUUUAGUUAAGGUAGCCUGUUUGGUGUUGGGUUUUGUGGGUGAUUGUUCUUGUCUUUGUGUUGGUUACACCAGAUAGGGCUGUUUUCGGUUUUUCACGUUUCUUGUUUUUGUAUAUUGUUCUAUUUUCAUCUUUAUUAAAGAUGUAUCACAAUAACCACG